GAGGCAGGCAAGUUACAUGAAGAAUAGUAGAAUCUAUGAUGCAACGAAUCUGAGUCUCCCCAAUGUACCUGGACGCUCCACUCCUAAACUCUGAAAUGCUCAGAUUCAAACCAUUCACUCUCUCCUCCUUCUCACUAAUCAAGUUCCACACUCCAAAAAUAUCCGUCGCCGGUGGCCUGACUAGGACUACAACGCUCUCCGGCUGCGCAUUUCCGAUGGCUAGCUUGUCCACUGUUUCUACUCAGAACGAGGAAGCCGCUUCGGACCCUACCCCAAAGCCCCCUCAGGUUGCAAAGCGCUUGGAGAAGUUCAAGACUACAAUUUUCACCCAAAUGAGUAUGCUUGCCAUCAAGUAUGGAGCUAUAAAUCUUGGCCAAGGCUUCCCCAAUUUUGAUGGCCCUGAAUUUGUAAAAGAAGCAGCCAUUCAGGCAAUCAGAGAUGGUAAAAAUCAAUAUGCUCGGGGAUAUGGUGUUCCUGACCUCAAUGCUGCUGUAGCUGCACGAUUCAAGAAAGAUACUGGCCUUGAUAUUGACCCAGAGAAAGAAGUCACUGUCACCUCUGGUUGCACUGAAGCGAUUGCUGCAACCAUGUUAGGCUUGAUAAAUCCUGGUGAUGAGGUCAUACUUUUUGCUCCUUUCUACGACUCUUAUGAAGCUACUUUGUCUAUGGCUGGUGCAAAAGUAAAAUGCAUUACUCUACGCCCCCCAGAUUUCUCUGUCCCCAUUGAUGAGCUGAAAUCAGUUAUAUCAAAAAGUACUCGUGCAAUCCUCAUAAACACCCCACAUAACCCAACAGGAAAAAUGUUUACCCGAGAAGAACUCAAUGUGAUUGCCUCACUGUGCAUUGAAAAUGAUGUUCUGGUUUUCACUGACGAAGUUUAUGACAAGUUGACAUUUGAAAUGGAGCACAUUUCCAUGGCUUCUCUUCCAGGAAUGUAUGAAAGGACUGUUACCAUGAAUUCAUUGGGGAAGACAUUUUCCCUUACGGGCUGGAAAAUAGGUUGGGCAAUAGCUCCCCCACAUUUGACCUGGGGAAUAAGGCAGGCCCAUUCUUUCCUUACCUUUGCUACAUCUACUCCGAUGCAAUAUGCUGCUGCAACAGCCCUCAGAGCACCGGAUUCUUAUUAUGUGGAGCUUAAGAGGGAUUACUCAGCUAAGAAGGCCAUAUUGGUGGAUGGGUUGAAGGCUGCAGGCUUCACAGUGUAUCCAUCAAGUGGAACAUACUUUGUGAUAGUGGAUCACACUCCUUUUGGGUUGAAAGAUGAUGUUGCGUUUUGUGAGUAUCUCAUAAAGGAGGUUGGAGUUGUAGCCAUCCCAACCAGUGUUUUUUAUCUAAAUCCUGAAGAUGGCAAGAAUCUUGUAAGAUUUACCUUCUGCAAAGAUGAGCAGACACUCAGAAGUGCUGUUGAGAGGAUGAAAGAAAAGUUGCCAAAGAAAUGAAAAGAAGCCCCAACAGGUGCAGGAGCAAUAGAAGUGGUGGGUGCGCCUAAAAUUCCUAAAAAUAAUAGGUGACAAGCAGCUACUUGCACAUCUGGGUUAGUUUGCACUUUACAAGUGAAGAAUUUACCAGCAUCAUCAUUCUCAUAUUAUUGCUUCUAUUAGCCUUUUCUAUUCUCUCCUUAGUACAUGGUUGCUGAAAGCCUAUUCUUGGGGUUUUCUCACAGAUUGUACCAAAUUGUUUUUUCCUAGAAAUAUGAUUACACACUAGUUGGCUGCCAAAAUAUAUGUUAUUAUAUAUAAAAUAUAAAUCUGCUUACCCUUCUCUGAUGCAUAGAGCAGCAUCACAGAGUAUCAGAAUAAGUGGGUAAACAUUAAUGCUUGAAGCAAAAAAGUCAACAAUAAAAAAAAAUGAUUUUUGGCAUGCUAUUUUAUUGUAGAGUUAAAUGCAGGCAGGGUGAAAUUGGGUGUACCAUGGACAACAAAUAAAGGACUAAGUGUGUUUGGUUCGACAUUUUUGUAUAAUAUUAUCAAAUUUGAUUCAAAUUACGUUAUUCA